AUGUCUGAGUCAACCAGCACAAAUACUCCGAAGCCGAGUAGUAGCGUCAAGCUUGUACUUUUGGGAGAGGCGGCCGUUGGAAAGUCUUCGCUCGUCUUGCGAUUCGUGAACAACGACUUCCAGGAGAACAAGGAACCGACCAUUGGAGCCGCUUUCCUCACCCAAAAAUGUUCGUUGCCUACCCGGACGAUCAAGUUCGAAAUCUGGGAUACGGCCGGUCAGGAGCGUUUCGCCUCGCUUGCCCCCAUGUACUACCGUAACGCCCAGGCGGCGCUGGUGGUUUACGAUGUCACCAAACCCUCGUCGCUCACCAAGGCGAAGCACUGGGUAGCUGAGCUUCAGCGACAAGCCAGUCCCGGUAUCGUCAUCGCCCUUGUUGGCAAUAAGCUGGACUUGACAAAUGACGGAAACGAGGCUGCUGGCGAGUCGCCCGCGGCUGACCAGGACGAGGAGGCAGCCGGCGAGAACCCCGAGGAAGCCGAUGCCACUCCCGGGGACGCGCGGAAAGUACCGACACGGGAGGCUAGCGCUUACGCAGAGGAGGAGAGUCUAUUGUUCUUCGAAACCAGUGCGAAGACGGGCGUCAAUGUGGUCGACGUCUUCACGGCGAUUGCCAAUGCCAUUCCCGAGAGCAGCUUGAAGAACGGACGAGGUGGCGGCGCCGGGACCGGCCAGACUACGUUGGGCGGCGGUCGACCGGCCGAAGACUCGAGAGUGAACCUGGGCGAUCGGGCAUCUGCUACUGCCAAAGAAGGGCACGGUGGCGCUAGACCGCAACGGGCCAAGCGACCGCUAAGCGAGGCGCCGAGAUCCCGAUCCCACAGCCGGAGCGCGAAGUGUGAGCUGGACCUCUUUCAAUCCCUCGAAUUUAUUUCCCACGACCACCAACCCGCGACAAGGAAGGCAGCACCCGCAGCACAGCCAGCUAUCCGUCGCUCGUCUGCAAUCAUGGCUGCUAUCAACAAGAUCGCCCCUAACUCGCCGUCGAGGCAGAACCCCUCCGAGCUGGAGACCGCGAUCGCCGGUGCUCUCUUCGACUUGGAGAGCAACACACAGGACCUGAAGGCUACCCUCAGGCCCCUGCAGUUCGUCUCUGCCCGUGAGGUCGAGGUUGGUCACGGCAAGAAGGCUGUCAUCGUCUUCGUCCCCGUCCCUCUCCUCCAGAGCUUCCACAAGAUCCAGCAGCGCCUGACCCGUGAGCUCGAGAAGAAGUUCUCGGACCGCCACGUCCUCUUCGUCGCUCAGCGCCGCAUCUUGCCCCGCCCCAAGCGCUCCGCCAACUCGCGCUCCAACCAGAAGCAGAAGCGUCCCCGUUCCCGCACUCUCACUGCUGUGCACGACAACAUCCUCGGCGACCUGGUCUACCCCGUUGAGAUUGUCGGCAAGCGCGUCCGCACCAAGGAGGAUGGCAGCAAGACCCUGAAGGUCAUCCUGGACGAGAAGGAGCGUGGUGGUGUUGACCACCGCCUGGACGCCUACGGCGAGGUCUACCGCCGUCUAACCGGCCGUGCUGUUACCUUCGAGUUCCCCCAGAGCGGUCCCUCUGACUUUUAG